AUGGAACGCACCAAAUGGCUCGACGGCCUCCGCGGCAUCGCAGCCGCUAUCGUAGCCGCGGAUCACUUCUUCAUGAGCGACGUGUGGCACCCCUUUGUGUCUUUCUGGACCGAUCCGCCCGAAGGAAACCGCCAUUUCGUCCAACUACCACCGAUUCGAAUCCUCUUCUCUGCCCAUGGAAUGGUAACCUUGUUCAUGGUUAUCUCCGGGUAUGCGAUCUCCAUCAGUCUCCUGAAAGCUCGAAAUAGCCCCCAAUUCUUGGCGCGAGCUUCGUCUGCCGUCGUGCGAAGGGUUUUUCGCAUCUAUCUGCCGGUGCUGGUCACGGCUAGUCUUGCUCAGAUCUUCUACUUUUUUGAUCUGUAUCACUGGCCGUUUGAUCAGGCCUUUCUCGAUACACUGCCCAAACCAUGGACGGCUCCCUGGAAACACAUCACGUGGGUACUCAAUUACAUGGCUGAUAGUAUAAACAUCAUUGCCUUUGAGUAUCGCGGGGCUCUGAAUGGCCAGCUAUGGACUAUGCCAGUUGAGUUUAGAGGGUCGAACGUUGUCUACCUCCUUAUUGUCGGGCUCUCGGGUUGGCGAGCAAAGUCGAGGUUCUACAGUCUUCCGAUCAUCGCAUCAUUCUUCCUCUGGUAUGGCAACUGGGAUAUCUUCGGCUUUAUCUGGGGUCUCUGGUUGGCUGAAAGAGCUACUACGACUACGGCCUCGUUGCCCUCGGAUGAACCUUUCAACGCCGAAUUCGAGAUGGCAGAAUUUGAAGACGACGACAGACCCAACUCAUUCUUCACCGCACCUCUUCGUCUAGGCUCGUGGGGCGGUAAGCGUCGAUGUGGUAACAUGAAGUCAAAAAGACCUGACUGCAUCACUGUCUCACGCAUUGGUGCUAUCCUCACGUUUAUCGCUGGAUACUAUCUUCUCUGCCUCGGCAACGACGGGCACCUCCCACCAGGAUACCAAUUCCUCUCCGUGCUCCAACCAGCACGCUGGAAGGAUAAUUGGAACAUAUACCACUUUUGCUGGAAAACAAUCGGAUCAGCCAUGCUGGUCUAUGCCAUCGGAGAGUUGCCCUGUUUGCAACGACCGCUUAACACGCGACCUGUCCAGUAUCUAGGCAAAAUCUCGUUCGCGUUAUAUCUGCUUCACGAGACCAUUUAUGAAUUGUGUAGGAAUCCAUUGCGGGACUUGAUUUAUUCAAUAUUGAGUGGGCAGGAGUAUGGGACUAGUGGUGCGGCGUUGGGUGCUGAUCCUUUUUCAUUUCAUGUUGCUUGGUGGACGACAGGUGUUUUGCUUGGUGCGGUGGUAAUUUGUGCAUCACAUUUCUAUACGAUAUAUGUGGAUGAUUGGUGUGUGGCUUUUGCUAAAAAGGUGAAUCGGUGGCUUAGUUAUUGA